ACUUAAAGAGUUCUUGAAAAUGGCUCAACAACUUCUUACCAUGGGUGAAACACACAGAGGAACUAGAGCGAAUUUGGCGACCUUUGCUGUUGACCGAUUCCGUACACGUUCUCACGCUUACGUUGAACCCGACGAGAGGAUUAUUCCGAAUCUCCAAGCAUGUGGCUUCGGACAUAUCAUAAAAGUUAACAACAACACCAUAGACAGAAAAUUCAUCCUUGCCUUACAAGAGCGAUGGAGGCCUGAAACCCACACGUUUCAUCUUCCAAUAGGUGAGUGUACUAUUACUCUAGAGGAUGUUUAUAUGUUACUUGGUCUGCCCAUUGAUGGCAAGGCUGUUAAUGGAUCUGUUCAACAUGCUAAUUCAAUGUGUGAGAGAGUGUUGGGAAGAGAUCUAGUUGUGCCUACUCAAGGUUCAAGAGGCCAGGGUAUCAGUCUGGUCUCCCUUAGAGAUUACUAUGAUGAACUCGUCUUGAUGGACAACUUUACUGAGGAGCAUGUUUGGUUAAUGACUAAGGUUUAUAUAAUGUUGAUGUUUGGUAAACUUUUAUUCCCGGAGUCGACAGGUAACACUGUCAACUUUUUCUAUUUAAGUAAAUUUGACAGUAUUAGCAAGAUUAGGAAAUAUAGUUGGGGGUCCGCCGUUUUGGCGAUGUUAUACCAGUCUCUUUGUAAGAACGCGGUUGCCGAGAAGUGCACCUUCUAUGGAUGUGCGUUCCUCCUACAAGUAUGGGGUUGGUGGAGAAUGCCGACGCUGUCCCCGGUAGGCAGGAACAACUACACGUUCCCUUAUGCAACAAGGUUCUGUGGUCCUAAAUUGGAUUACAGUAAGAAUCCGAGGGGGAGUGUUGUUUUAUAUCGGGACCUAAUUGAUCACCUCCGAGCUGAAGAUGUAUUAUCCCUAAACUUUUAUAUGAUCAUAUAG